AUGGAUAAGAAAGAAGAACAACCAACGAUUGUCAUUGAUGUUGGGGAAUCAAAUAGUCAUGAAAAAGCGUUUGAUGUUAUCAGUCCAUGUCUCCAAAUCAAUCCAAUUAAUCUCACAUUUAAGCACAUUAGUUAUUCAAUUAAUCGAUUAGAAAUAAAUAAAGAUUUCUUUCAUCAUCUUUCUUUUCCAAUAAAAUUAACAAAGAAAGUCAUUUUAGAUGAUGUUAGUGGAUUUAUAGAAGCAGGAGAAUUAGUUGCUUUAAUGGGAGGAAGUGGUGCUGGGAAAUCAACAUUAUUAGAUAUUCUCUCCGGUAUUAAUAAACGAGGAAAUAUUAGUGGAGAAGUUUUAGUUAAUAAUGAAGAUGUAAAAAAGUUUAAAACAUCAAUUGGAUAUGUUUCACAAACUGAUUAUCUAAAAGGUACACAAACGGUAGAAGAAGCAUUAAAUUUCUAUAUUAAAUUAAAAGCACCACUUUCAAGUAGACAAAGUGAAAGAGAGAUGAUUGUUAAAGAAGUACUAGAUGUAUUAGAUCUUACUAAAAUUAAAGAUUCUUUAAUUGGAACAGAGAAAAGAAGAGGAAUUAGUGGUGGAGAAAAAAAAAGAGUAUCUAUUGGAUGUGAAUUAGUAACUGAACCAGGUAUAAUGUUUCUUGAUGAACCAACUACUGGAUUGGAUUCAUUUAGUUCAUUAGCUGUUGUUAAUGCAUUACAAAAAAUGGCACAUAAAGGAACAACAAUUGUUUGUACUAUUCAUCAACCAAGACCAUUAAUAUUUCAAAAAUUUGAUAAGAUUAUUAUGCUAAAUCGUGGUCAUAUGAUGUAUUUUGGCCCACCAAGUGGGUGUAAAUCAUUUCUCAAAGAAGCUGGGUUUGAAACAGAAGAUAAUGUUGCUGAUGCAUUAAUGGAUGCUGGUGCAUACGAGUAUGGAAAUGACCAAGGAAGAGAGUUAUUAGCAGAGAAUUUUGGAGGAGAGAAAAAAAGUGUUCAACAAGUAUUUGAGAAAAGAAAAACUACAAUAGUUAAAGAAAUUGAAGAAAUAAAUUCUGUUGAUUUAGAAAAAAUGAAAAAAACAAUUGGAAGACCAGUAGGAUUUUAUGAAUUGAUUAAAAGAUUAGUAAUCUCAGAUUAUCGUGAUCCAUCACAAAUUUUUGGUCAAAUCUUUGCAAAAAUAUUUUUUUCUUUAUUAAUUGGAUCUGUCUUCUUUAAUAUUCAAAAUGAUCAACAAGGAAUGAGAGAUAAAGGAGGUGUUCUCUUUUUUAUUGUUACCUCUCAAGCAAUGUCAUUAAUGGAUUAUUUAAUUCAAUUUAUAGAAGAAAGAACAUUAAUGAGAAGAGAAUCAGGAAAAGGACUAUACACUAUUACAUCUUAUUAUUGUGCAUAUAUUCUACAUUCCAUUCCAUUUUUAAUUUUUUAUCCAACACUGUAUUUAGCUAUUGCUUAUCCAAUGCUUAAUCUUCGACCUGGUUUUGUUAACUUUUUAUGUAUGUGGGGAGCAUUAGUAUUGACAACUUUUACUUCUCAAGGAAUGUACUAUGCAAUUGCAGCAAUAUCACCAAACAUUACAGUUGCACAAAUUAUAUCUCCUAUUUUUAUAGUAAUUUUGAUGAUUUUUACAGGAUUCUUUAUACAAAAAGAUAAUAUUAUUGGAUUUUGGUUAUGGGCAUAUUAUCUCUCUUACCUAAGAUAUGCAUUUGAAUUGGUAAUGUUAAAUCAGUUUGAUGAUAUCCCUCUUUUUUGUCAACCAGAUGAAUUAGUUGGUGGUGAAUGUCCAUAUACAAGUGGUAGACAAUACUUAGAUUCUUUACAAAUUACUUCUUCAAUCCUUGUUGAUUAUUUUGUACUUGCUGGAUUUUGUAUUGCUUUUAAUGUCUUUGUUCUUAUUGCACUUCAUCUAUUUAAUAAAGAAAAGAGGUAA